AUGUUGGCAUUCUCAAAUGGUUUCAACAGUAUUCGAAGGCGUAGUUGUGAUUUAGAGGUAUUGCAGCGUGAUAAUGCAAUGCAAGUUGAACGAAUUCGGUCAAAGAAUGAACCAAGUGAUCAACAACCAAAACGCUUCUCAACCUUGAAACUUGCUAGGAAGUUGUCUAAUCGAUUGAGUGUUUUGGCUGUGAAUGAAACGAAGUCAAGUUUGGAAGAUGGUGAGAAUAUUGAACGAGAACAAUUGAUACCUAAAGAAUCAAUUUAUAAUAUCAACGUCCAAUUAAAACCGAAUAGGGACCAAUACAUCUACAGACCCGGUCAAUGCGUCCAAGGUACAUUCACGGUGAACGGACAAGCUAAUAAGUUGGCUUCGUUUAAACGCAUCACCAUUCGUGUUCAUGGAAUGAUGAUCUUCUCCCGAUAUGAGAAAGACGAGACAAAAGGCUCAGGUCGCUCGAUCGGACGUAAAAAGUGGUUAUUUUACGAUUCAAAAGCGAUGUCAUAUACAAAAGAAGAAUUGAAAAAUCUUGGAGUGAGUUCGACUCCAAUUAUGGGAGAUCCGACACAAAAGCACGCUUUAGAGAUGCCUUUUGCAUUUGAAUUGCCAAUCAGAUGUAUUUCUUAUCAGCAUGCAUUCAAAUUCGUACGUGAACCUGCACCUUUACCGCCAACUAUGCACUUUGAAGUUCAAGAAGAUGAAAAACAUGUUCCAGAUGAUGGAGCGGGGUUGAACUCGAACCAUAAGCCCGAACGCAAAAGUUCAAUCAAGCGCACUUGGAACACAUUGAAAAGCAAAAUUUCUGGCAACCGUACGCUGGAAGCAACGGUGCGAUACGUACUUACUGUUGCUGUGGAAUGGCAAGAAAAUUUCUUACGGUAUCAUAUUACCAAACCCUUACUGACCAUUCUACCCAAUAGAUGCAAUUUACCGUUCAUCGUUCAGCCCGCACCGCCGACAUCAACAACAUUCAUUCACACUAUCACAAAUAGUCAGUCACGACAAUUCUUACACUUGCCUGCAGAACGUACAAGUACCGAAUUUUCAGGAAAUGUCUUUCAUGAAAGAGGUGAAGAUGGGCUCAAUGAUGAUAUUCGCGAUUUGAUACACAUGUCAGGCAAUCGUAGACCAUCAAUUACCGUGAAUCGUCAAAUGCCCUCCCGUGAUCCUAGCACCGAAAGUGUUUCUACUUGGGUAGAUUUGAUGUUGAAAGAUACAGAUCGUGGACCUCAAGCUUGGGUAUUUUAUCAUUUGUACAAACGAGUUGCGACUGAUCAAUUGGUCGAGAUAGUGUUCUCCCACCCCGCAACAGCUGCUAUGAUCAUGGACACGCAGAUUCCAUUCAACGUCAGCGUAUCAGAUCCAAAUUACGCAAUUCAACCUAGCUCGAUUUCCUUCAACCUUUUGCGUACGAUAAGAAGUAUCUCUCCGGGUGGCGAGCUAAAGUUGGAAAAGAGAAACGCCUUGAAAAGGGGUGAGGGAGACAAAUCGGUCGUUCGACUCGUCCAAAUUAAACCAGUGGUCCGGACUGGAGCAACCCCACCGCCAGCAGAUGAGUAUUCCGGACAAGAUUAUCUCGCCAAUCUUGCCCGUCGAAACACCUUUGAAGGCAAGCUGAUCAUCGAUAGCGGUUGUGAAGCAAACGAUGAGUUAUUGGUUGAAUCAAAAUCUGUUUCCAUAACUGCGGACAAAGAACAAGAUCCGCAAGAAGGUAAAGUUCACCCAUGCUUCAUGAAAACCAACAAAGAGCAAAUUUUAAUACCCUCAUUCAAUUUCCGUGGCUUGUGUAUUGAGUACAAUCUGGAAUUAAAUUUGAACCUCGUCAAACGUUCUGGGAAUCAAGAUGGAAGCUUGACGCACAUCUCUUUCCAAACGCCAAUGGUGAAAGUAGCAUCACGCGAUCAUCGUACUCCUAAUCCCCCUACAUCUGGUCCGCAAAGACGUGCUAGAAGCGCACUAGGCUUCUCAACAGUUCCGACUGCUGAUGCGAUCACUGCUGUCGAUGAGCAAACACGAGUUCCGACGAGACAUUCAUCUUUGAUUCUGGAAAGCCUGAUCACAAGACAAUCACAGCCGCAAAUACAGAGACCACCAGAGUGGAACUUGAAUAGAGUUUUGCCACCAACACCUUCCUCUCAGACUACUGAGCCGUCUCCUCGGCAAUUUCCACAAAGACCGCCGUUACGUCGAACAAAUCAAGAUGAUGAGAUAACGCUAGAACUGGUCCGAUCAAGUAACGAAUCUGCUUCGACAAGACGAACGUCAAAUGGUGAACAAAGUGCAGAAUAUGUCGAAAUUUUAAGUGUUCCAGGUCAAACUGCUGCUGGUGCUCCUGCUGCCUCUUCGUCAUCGUCUGAUACCAAUUCUAUUUGCUUGGAAAGUGGUCCAGAGACAAGUCUAAAUGAUUUUGCAUCUUGUCUUGAACCCGACUCGUUCUCUUCAAUAAAUCAAGAAGCAAGACAGCCGAUGUUACAGGUACCGUCGGUUGAUGCAAGUAGGUCAAACACACCAUUAUCAAGGGAAGACUUGAGUGAUGUGAUUGAUAAUAUCGAGCAAGUUACAUCUGUUGAACAAACAUCUUACCAACAUCCCGCAUAUCUGGAAGGCAUGACCACUCAAAUCAAUCCCAGAAUGAGCCUAAUCAGUAUGCGUACUAUCGAUGGUCCUGCUCCACCUUAUAUAGGUACACUUCAAGAUUCGUAAUUAUUUCUGUAUUGUUG